AUGGUGCCAUAUCCUGGAUUUAGCCAUGUCAAUCAACUCUUCAUCCUUGCUCGUCUCAUUGCUUCCCAUAAUAUACCAGUACACUUGAUUUGCCUUGCUGAAUUCAAUCAAGAUUUAAAUCCCCGCCUCAAAAGUUCAAAAUAUAUCCAUUUUAAUGACAUUUUGCUUACUCAAGCCGAGGGCGAAAUCACGGAAGAAUAUGAUCGUGUGGUUUCGAUUACAGAGUUGUUGGAAAAACACAACGAGCCCAUUCGAAAAACUUGCCUUCAACUCUCUAUCAAUGCUAAGAAAUUGGUGAUAAUUUAUGACUCCGUAAUGAAGAAUUAUAUGGGGGAUGUCCAUUCAAUCCCUAACGUCGAGACUUGUAUUUUUCACUCUGGGUCUGCUAUAAGUAAAUAUUAUUUGCUCCAGCAAAGUGUCCAUGACUUAGACGUUGUUGUUGAUGUUGGUCACGAGUUCCCGGCUAUGGAUAGUUGUUAUCCACCGCUUAUGGAAGUAUUCGUAAGAGAUUUACAUGAAUGGGACCUCAACUCAGGAGAAUUCAUGAUUUCUUCUAGAGAAAUCGAAGGUAAGUACUUAGAUUUACUCGCUAAUGUGAAAAACACGAAGCCGUUGUGGGCACUUGGUCCACUUCAUAUGCUACUACAAUCACAUGAUCAUGACUCCUCUUCUUAUUCUUCUCCUAGGGACAAGCCUCCUCGUCAUGAAUCUCUUGAAUUUCUCGACAAUCAACAUGUUAAUUCAGUAAUUUAUGUUUCGUUUGGAACAACCCCUAAAUUAUCACAGGAGCAAGUCAAUGAGCUUGCAAUUGCUCUAGAAAAGAGCAAUCAAAGGUUUAUUUGGGUAAUAGGAAAAGGAGAUCAUAAUACUACUACUAAUAACAAUAAUACUAAAAAUAACAAGAAAGGUGUGGAGAAAUUUGAGAAGAAAUUUGGGAAGAUUGAAUUACCACAAGGGUUUGAAGAGAGGGUGAAAGGAAGAGGAAUGGUUGUGCGAAAUUGGGUGCCCCAAUUGGAAAUCUUGGGCCAUCCAUCUACCGGUGGAUUUUUAAGUCAUUGCGGGUGGAAUUCUUGUAUGGAAAGCAUUAGCCUAGGAGUUCCAAUAAUAGCUUGGCCAAACGAGUGGGACCAACCCUAUAACGCUCUCCUUGUAACUAAUGUACUAAAAAUUGGAAUCUCAGUAUUUAGCUGGACUCACAAGGAUGAGUUAGUGACAUCAAAAUCGAUCGAGAAAUCUGUCAAAAUUUUGAUGGAUACAACGGAAGGGGAAGAGAUGCGGAAGAGGGCGGUGGAGUUGAGCAAUAAGAUCAAGAGUUCGGUUAGCCCCGGAGGUGUGACGGCCAAGGAAGUUGAAUCUUUCAUAUCCUAUAUUACCAAAUAA